AUGCCAGGCUGCUCAGGGCACCGAGGAGAAAAAUAAUUUAACAAUUAAUUGCAGUAUAAAAUUGCAGAGAGAUGAUUCCUAAUGAGGACUCGUCUGCAGUGUUUUAGCCUCAGAAAUCUCGGCUGCUCCUUUCUGCAGUGACAACCUUGCCCUUCACCUGCCUGCAGGGAUUUCUGCUGAGUCAGAGAGUGUCUCUGCGAGGGCUGCUGCUUCUCCACGUGGGAAUGCACUUCUGGGGAAUAAUUACAGAGAGUUUAAACAGGGACGUUCGGCAGCCAAGUUGCUUCAUAUUCAGGCUCCUGGCCAGGAAGGCAGAGCCCAAAAGCUGCUCAUUGGCACUGUGAGAAAAUACCUCACACCUGCGCCCAUCAUGGGCGUGCAUUGCCCAUGGGCUAAGAUCACUCCUUACACGGCAGCACCACGGCACCUGGCACUAAAAGAAAGUAUGCUCAUGGCUUGGAGGGUCCCACAAAGCGAGCUGCUUCGCAAAUCAGCCAGCUUGCACUUACCGAGCAUCCCUGUGCAUCUCUCUUCUCUGGGCCAUGCCCACCAAAGGAUUUUUAUCCUCCCCUCCCCACACUGGAUUUGGGAACGUGCAGCGUGGCAGAAAGCCCGUCAAUGCAAAGCUCUGGUUCUGCAAGGGAGAUGAUGGAAGCACACUGACAGUAACUUUUCCACCCCUAAAUUGUGAGGCAUUAUUUCAAGGUUGUGAAAUAUAUUGACUGUGAAACAGAGACGAGAACUGGAGUAGACGCAAACAGCGUAGGCGUUACUCCCAGUUUUUUGCAGCUCCCACUCUGUUCCAAAAAUAGUACAGCAAGGAGCACGCUGCUUGGUGACAUCUGUCAGGGACCAAAUGACGAUGAGACCAUGUGCCUGGACAUCAGCAGAAUGAACCAGAAGCAGAGCUGGGAUGUAAUGCACGUGCAGAGGUGCUGACCGCUUCAUGUUCCUUAAAAUCAAUGGAGAGAGAUCUUAGCAAAAGAUCAAAUUAAAUAGUUUUAAAUGUUAUUGAAAUGUAUAAAAAAUAGUAAUAUCAUUCCAGAGCACCGCAAAAAUACGUUGCACUGAGGUAGAGCGCUUUCCAUCAAGAAAAGGGGCAAUGGGAAGCCACAGCAGAAUACCACUGCAUCCACUCAAGUUUCUGUUCACACUGCACACAAUGCACCUGGUCUUUAGACCACACCUGCGCCAUAAUUCCUAAGUGCUCUUAAUUCUUUUGCAAUUCUAAACCUGAGCAAAAUACACUUAAUUAGGCACAGACCAGUUGGAGAAAUCAGAUAAGACUCGCUGGCAGGCAGCUGCUUCCAGGAGACGCAUCUGCUGAAGGAUGGAGACGUUGUGCAAGUCGGGGAGAGCAUCACCCAGCCGUGGGCUGGCGGCAGGGAGAGCACUUGCAGUGAGACGCGAGGGUGUCACCUCUGCGGAGGAGAAACUCUCGCAGACGGCAGCGGUGGCGGCUUCCCGACUCCGGGGACGGGUGCCUGAGCCCCCCACGCCGGGAUCGGCCACCGGCAUGGACGGCGACGACACCAUCACCGCCGAGGUCUGCAAAGAGGCAGAUGUUGGGGACGGAGAGCUCUGGGAGGUGAUGGUGGCUGGCUACCCGGUGCUGCUGGUGAGGAACAAGAAGGAGUUCAGAGCCCUGGGCAGCAAGUGCCCCCACCACGGUGCCCCGCUCAGCAAAGGAGUCUUGAAAAGGGAGAGGCUGCGCUGUCCCUGGCAUGGUGCCUGCUUUAACAUCAAAACUGGAGACAUCGAGGAAUACCCUUCUCUGGACUGUAUUCCCAGCUUUAAGGUAACAGUGGAAGACGGAAAGGUGUUUGUUACAGCAAAAAAGAAGGAUCUUGAAAGCAGCCUGAGGGUGAAGGACACAAGCAAGCGAUGCCUUCUCAACCGGGAGACGAUGCUGCUUCUGGGGGGAGGUGUGGCUGCCCUGGUGUGUGCAGAGACACUUCGCCAAGAGGGCUUUACUGGCAGGAUCAUCAUGGUCACCAAAGAGAAACAUGUUCCGUAUGACAAGUCCAAACUGAGCAAGGAAAUGAACUUGAAAGCUGAGGACAUCUACCUGAGGAAACCUGAAUUCCUUGAUGCUCACGGCAUAGAGUUCUGGAUGGAAAAAGAGGCAGUGUCGGUGGAUUUCCAGAAGCAGAAGGUCUGCUUCAUGGACGGGUCCUCUCAGAAGUACAAUCGGCUGCUCAUUGCAACAGGCAGCCACUCCAGCUUCCUCAAAGUCCCAGGUGCAGACCUGCAGAAUGUGUGCAUUCUCCAAACCCCUGAAGACUCUAGCAAGAUCUUAGAGCUGGCAACCGGGAAGAAUCUGGUGAUCGUAGGAGCUUCAUUCAUAGGAAUGGAGAUAGCUGCCUUCCUCUCAGACAAGGCUGGUGCCAUCUCAGUGGUGGAAAAAAAGGAGUUCCCUCUCCAGAAUGCACUGGGUCCACAGGUUGGAGGUGUCGCCAUGAAGAUGCUGCAAAAUAGGGGGGUGAAGUUUUACAUGAAAACAGAACUCUCUGAGCUGAAAGGAAAGGAUGGAAAGGUCGCAGAGGCUGUUCUUGCCAGUGGAGAGAAACUACCCGCAGAUGUGGUCGUGGUGGGAAUAGGGGUGUUCCCCAACUCAGCAUUUCUGAAGGGCACCUCCAUCGCCAGAGAUGACAGCGGUUCCAUCCUGGUGGAUCUGCGCAUGCAAACCAACAUCCUAAAUGUUUUCGCUGCGGGAGAUGUGGUCUCCUUUCCUGUAGCGCUGCUCAACGGGGACCGGUCCAGCAUCCAUCACCAACAGGUGGCCGAGGCCCAUGGUCACACUGCUGCCUUAAACAUGCUGAAGAAAGACAAGGAGUUGCACACUGUUCCCUUCUUCUGGACCACAAUGGUUGGGAAAACCAUCCGCUAUGCAGGCUGCGGGAAGGGAUACACGGACACUGUUGUGAAGGGCAGCCUGGAACAACAGAAGUUCCUGAUCUUUUACAUCAGGGAUGGCUUCGUGACUGCAGCUGCCAGCCUGAACUGUGACCCCAUGGUGUCUCUGAUUGCAGAAGUUUUAUACUCAGGGAAACAAAUCUCUAAAGAAGAAGCAGAGGCGUGGGACAUCUGCAACAUACCCUCGCUGGUAGAAACCCAAGCUCAGUAGGUGCCCUGCUGUGAGGGGCACAGAGUCAACCAAGUGUUAACAGCUCCACAUCUUCCCAUCCUGGCACAAGAGAAAUAAAAUCAUGAGCAA